GUCCUUUCAAAAGCCUAAAUUUCGACACAAUGCUGCGCCGAAGGAGAGACAAAGACCAGGCUACAGCCAUCGAUGUCGGCCGAGCUGGACGGUGCUGCAACGGGGAAUGAACGAGGAUUGGCUUACGGUACUGGAAAUUAUGCCUCCGACAAACAACCCAUUCGUAUACGACGAAUCAGAGUCGUUGUGGGUGUUUGCGCGACCACACAAGCUGGAUAAUACGAUGUUGGAUCAUCCGUUUUGGGCGAGACUUGCAAGCCAUACUCACGUUGCUGACCGAGUAUAAGUAGAAGCGUUGGGCUCGAUGGGACAGGAUUCGUACAUCUACACUACGGACCUUGACAACACCAAACAAGCUUCGAAGCUUUUCAAGAUAUAUUAGCUGAAUUCUAAUUCCGCUACAUUGAGAGCCAUCCCUCACAACCAACUCAAUCAUCUACUGAAGACAAUCUCCACUCUCACCAUGUCUCCGCCCACGCAGACCCUCGCCUUCUUCGGCGCCACAGGCGGCGUCACAAACACCACUCUUGCCAAGACCCUCAACGCCGGCUACCACAGUACAGCACUAGCCCGUACACCACAGAGGCUAAUCGACAUGCUGCGUACUGCACACUCAGUUCCUCUGGAGAUCAUCGAGAAAUACCUUACCAUCCACACCGGCGACGUCAAAGACAUCUCCGCCGUCUCGGCUGCUCUGAAGAAUCCCCUCGACCAGUCCAAGCUGGUUGACACAAUCAUCUUCGGAAUCGGCGGCUACCCCGUCAUGCAGCGGAGCCUCCUCCAGCCCAUUACGCUCAACGACGUGCACAUCUGCGAGGACGCCAUCUCGACCAUCUUCCGCGCUCUCGAAGCACUCGAAAUCCAGGGAGUCACACAGUCGAAAACCGGCCGGAAACCCUUGUUCAGCACCAUUUCCACCACUGGAAUCAGCGAUAAAGGCCGCGAUGUCCCGCUCUUGCUGUACCCGCUGUACAUCUACGUGCUUCAUGUUCCGCACGAGGAUAAAAGGAAAGCCGAGCAGUUGCUUAUCAAUGAUGACGGCAAGCAUAUUCGCGAUUGCGUUGUUGUGAGGCCCACGCUGUUGACGGAUGUCGCAGCAAGCGGGGUGGAGAAGUUGAGGGUCGGGUGGGAGUGGAAGGGUGCGGAAACGGAGAAGGCUGGCAUCAAAGAUAAAGGUCCGGAGCUUGGAUGGACAGUGGGUAGGAAGGAUGUUGGAGGGUGGGUAUUCGAGAAAGUAGUUCGGGAGGGUGGUUGGGAGGGGCGGUGUGUGAGUUUGGCGUACUAGAGUCGAACAAGUGAUUUGGACUCUUCGCGCUGGUGUAUGAUGUUUUUGUUACCUGGCGUUCUACGAUGGUCCCUUGUCUUUUGUCAUCAUGAGCGCUUUCGAACUCUGGAGCACUCGAUUCCGGUUUGAAAGCUCCCAAUUGUAACUCUUCGAUUUCGACCGAUACUCAUACCGAGCUCUACCCAGC